CGGUGUGUUUGUGUGGAGUCCGAGUCGAGUCUUUUCGGGUUUGGUUUCCCGUUCGGGCCUUUUAAAAAAAAAUCCCACGCGCGCACACACAUACACAACCCAACUCCUCCUUCCUCUCAGAACAUAACGCCUGCACAUGGUGCAGUUAGACACUCCGGUACAUCGGUCCUGAUCCCGCUCCUGUUCUGGAGAUUUUGAUUGAUUUCUGAGGGAGCGAAAGGUUCUUGUUUGUAUUUCCGAAGUAAAGAGAGAGGGAGAGGAAAAAAAAUACCAAAGAGAAAGUGCCAAGUAAAAGAAGGGGUUAGGAACAUGGCGGCGGCGCCGAGGAAUCCACGUAGCAACGUAAAGAAGGGUCGGAUCCUGGGGCUGAUCGACGCCAUCCAGGACGCGGUGGGGCCGCCGAAGCAGGCGGCCGACAAGCGGAUGGUGGAGAAGACCUGGAAGCUGAUGGACAAAGUGGUGAGGCUGUGCCAGAACUCCAAGCUGCAGCUGAAAAACAGCCCCCCGUACAUUCUGGACAUCCUGCCGGACACUUACCAGCACCUCCGGCUCAUCCUGUCCAAGUACGAGGACCGCAUGCAUGUCCUGAGCGAGAACGAGUACUUCAAGAUCUACAUCGACAGCCUGAUGAAGAAAUCCAAGCGGGCCAUCAGGCUCUUCAAGGAGGGCAAAGAGAGGAUGUAUGAGGAGCAGUCUCAGGAUAGGAGGAAUCUUACAAAGCUGUCACUCAUCUUUAGUCACAUGCUGGCAGAAAUCAAGGCCAUCUUCCCUUCUGGCCAUUUUCAGGGUGACAACUUUCGCAUCACAAAGGCAGAUGCUGCUGAAUUUUGGAAACGGGCUUUUGAUGACAAAACCAUUGUGCCAUGGAAAGUCUUUAGACAGUGCCUUCAUGAAGUUCAUUCUAUCAGCUCUGGUUUGGAAGCCAUGGCCCUGAAGUCUACAAUUGAUUUGACGUGUAAUGAUUACAUUUCAAUCUUUGAAUUUGAUAUCUUCACCAGGCUCUUUCAGCCUUGGACCUCGAUCUUAAGGAAUUGGAAUUUCUUGGCUGUGACACACCCUGGCUACAUGGCUUUUCUCACCUACGAUGAGGUGAAAGCUCGGCUCCAAAAAUAUAUCAACAAACCUGGCAGCUACAUCUUUAGGCUCAGCUGCACUCGGCUUGGCCAGUGGGCAAUUGGUUAUGUCACAAAUGAUGGAAACAUCUUGCAGACGAUUCCACACAACAAACCCCUCUUCCAAGCCCUAAUAGAUGGAUGCCGAGAAGGAUUUUAUUUAUACCCGGAUGGACGAAGUUACAAUCCAGAUCUAACUGGAUUGUGUGAACCAACACCUCAUGAUCACAUAAAGGUCACACAGGAACAAUAUGAGUUGUACUGUGAGAUGGGCUCCACAUUUCAGUUGUGUAAAAUCUGUGCUGAGAAUGAUAAGGAUGUGAAAAUUGAGCCGUGUGGUCACUUAAUGUGCACCUCUUGUCUGACAGCGUGGCAGGAAUCUGAUGGACAAGGAUGCCCAUUUUGCCGUUGUGAGAUCAAAGGUACCGAGCCAAUUAUUGUUGAUCCUUUUGAUCCAAGAGAUGAUGGAGCGAAAUUCUGCCUAGACAGUUUUAAUAUGCCAAUAUUAGACCUGGAUGACGAUGAUGAUCGUGAUGACUCACUAGUUAUGAACAAGCUAGCUUCAUUUAGAAAGUGUACGGACAGGCAAAUUUCACCAGUGUCAUCACCAAACUCAUCACCUGUUGCACAGCGCCGAAAAGCAGCUCCAGAUCCACUCCAAAUUCAACACCUCAACCUCCCCCCAGUGCCGCCUCGGUUAGAUCUCAUUCAGAAAGGAGUGGUUCGGUCACCUUGUGCCAGUCCCACUAGUUCACCAAAGUCGUCUCCAUGCAUGGUACGAAAACAGGACAAGCCUCUUCCAGCACCACCACCUCCCCUCAGAGAACCACCUCUUCCGCCUGAGAGACCACCUCCCAUACCAGAAAGCAGGGUUGCACGUUUGCUACAUAAUUCUGAUAAUGCUUCUUUAAGGGACCAGCAUAUAACACAUGAAGCCUGGUGUCCCAGGGAUACGCAUGGUUCUAUCACAUCCACAGAAUGCAAAUCUGGUUGUGAUCGAUCUCCUAAAUCUGGCCACACAGCGCCUACUAACUUGAAUGGAAGGCAAAGUUGGCAUGUAACAGAACCAAAUUUUCCACGCAAGCCUGGCAGGCGCCAAGAAGUAUCCUAUGACAGUGCAAAGACAAUCAGCAAUGGACUUCUGCGGACUGAUGAAUAUGAUGUACCUCCACCACGACAGUCUCCACCGCCACCAACACUUGCAGCAUUUCCCAACAACACAAAAUAUCCACACCCAUUCACAAAUUCACAAUCAAACUCAGAAAAAAUAAGAGGGCUUAAUGAGUUUAAUGAAGAUGAGUACAAGAUUCCAUCAUCAUAUCCUGUGCCCAUAGCUGCACAAACUCAUUCGCAAACUGUGAAGCCUCGUACAUCAAGAGUAUUUGAAAAUGGACAGUGUGCUAAUGGAACACCCAAUAACACAUCAGAAGCAAAGAAACCUAAAGCGUUGGAAAUAGAUGAUAUUUUUGAGAUGCCGAUUGUUGCAGCUCCCUUACCACCAGCUCGACUUCCAGCAAGAGACAGCCAAAAACCCAGUUGCUCCUCUCUGAACAGAACACCCUCUGAUUAUGACCUUCUAGUUCCUCCUCCAGCAGGUGAUAAUGUAUUUGAGAGCCUUCCUCCCUCAUUGCCUCCACCCCCGCCGCCUGUACGAGUCAGCCUCCCUGAUCUGCCCAGAUCCUCUGGCUCAGGCAGCAGACCCACAUCUGGCCAUGAUCCGUUCCAUUUCAGUGCAGAUGCUGUCUUUGACCCAUCAAGUGUUCCUGUACCUCCAGCUAGAAGGACAGUUGAAGAUAAUCAGAAAUCUAACAGGAUAUCACAAGAAUAUGAUCAACUCCCAUCAUUGGCAGAUACUUCCCAAGCUCCAGCCAGACCUCCUAAACCACUGCCCCGUAGGACUGCACCAGAUGGUUACCACAAGAAAAGUCAUGUUCAAGAACCAACCUCUUUGCACAGUAGCCACGCAGGAGAAAAUGUGGAUGCUAAAAUUGCAAAACUGAUGGGAGAAGGCUACUCCUUUGAAGAUGUAAAACGAGCCCUUCUGAUAGCUAACAAUAAUGUAGAGAUGGCAAGAAAUAUUUUAAGAGAAUUUGCCUGCUUUCCUCCUAUUUCACCACGCCUCAACCCGUAGCAAGGAGCUGUUCAAAAGCCCAGAGAAUAGUCUUCUGAAUUUCUGAAGAGCAUUGAAAUUUAAAGUAGCAUUCAACUGGUGGAACAACUGUGUGCUGACUGAGUACAGACUGUUUCUGCGGGUUUCUUGAGAAAGUUUCUGGUAGAAGAUAGAGAAUGAUGCUUAUGUAUUUUUAUUAGCCAUAAUGUUAAGAAUCAGGGUUCAACUGAGAAGAAAGUUUACUGUCCUUGAAUUUCACUCCUGUGAAUUGCUUGAGAUCUCUGCUGCUUACCGCUGUCAAAAUUUUUUUGAAAGUCAUCUGAACAUUUUGUUUAAGUGGGAUAUACAGUGUUAUCGGUCUCAGUAUUUUUUGUCUGGACUCUGGGACCGGUCAGCCUUGCUGCAGCAUUCCUUUCAUGUCAAUCUGCACUGAUGGGGACACACUGCCGGUUUUGACCUCUCCUCCCUCAUCAUUUAAUCUAGGCACAGACUAAAUGAGUUCUUUCUGAAGAUGCUUUAAUUUGCUGCAUUUCAAUCUAUUCAACAGGUGCAAAAAGCAUGUGGCCUUCACUACUGAGUCUUUUCUGAGAUAAAGUAAAAUUUCUUUAUUAAAAAAAAACUAAUUUCUGAAUGUGGAGUUACAUAUAUUUGUCUAUGUAUUGCCUUUCAAUGUAAUUUUUUUGACUGUAACCUUGGCAGCUUUCCAUUGUGCACAGCCUUUGAUGUAUUUUUUUAAUUAUUUCUAUUUCCCUUAUAACCCAGCUACUUCAUCUGUGUUGUAUUCUGACAGAACAAAACUGAUUUUGAAGUUUCUGGUUAAUGCAACAAAAAUGCGGACCCACUUUUGUGAAUUGUGACAUUGCUUACUGGAUCAAUUCCAAAGUAAAAAUCUGUCAGUUUUUUUAAAUUUUAGAAUGGUUUAUAAUGCUGGAUAUAGGGUAGUAAAAGCAUCAGAGACAAUACACAGCAUCUAUACACUGAUUAUGGCCAACUGAAUGUAAAACUGCCUCCAUUCAAUUAUGUGCCAAUAUAUUAGUAGAACUGUGUAGCAGAAUAAGAGUAUCAGUUUUUGUGAGUGUGGAGUGGAAUGAUACCAUUAUUUUCUGGUAAUAUGUUAUCAGCACCCUUUUGUUUGGGAAGGUUGAGUAUAGUCAAUUUUCAAGUCUGGUAUCACUGUAAUUUAGAACCUGUAUCAGUCAACUACUCAGUCUGAAGAAAGAAACAAAACCUUACACUGUUAUAAUGCCAGAUGUCAAGGUAGCUGUGAAAUGGUGAACAGUUUCCUGUCAAUUCAUGAAGCAUCUACUUUUUUCACAUUGAUAGGAGAUCUUAUUUACCCAACAAUGAACAAUAAACUAACUUGGUUCUGUUGCUGCCUAUUCUCUAGGUUACAUUGGUGAACGGAAUGGCUGGUUCAACUUUGCCUUGUGUCACCAUCAUUUCUGGUGAAUCAAAACUCAGGGCAAAUAUCCAUCAUUGUUAUGUAAAUGAUGACUAGUCUUUGUAACAAAGUUCAGUCAAUUGCAUUGCAGGUAACUGGUUUGCUUCAUAGAUUUGAGGCCGAGUAAUUCACGCCUUGAUAAUAGUUGAAACCUGACUUCAACUGUUCCUUAUUCUGAGCAGUUUUAAAAUGUCUUGAUCACUAAACUUAGAGAUCGAAAGAAAAUAUUAAAACUAACUGCCAUUUAAAUCAUUGACUGAAUGAUGCAUAACAUUGUGGCUAUUAAAUCUUUCAUAAAUUGCAGUAAGAGGUCUAUGGUAGUUUCUUGAUCUCAGCUUCUGAGAGUACUGUGUUAUAUGGUACGCUAUCAGCUGUGGAAUGCUCAAAAUAUGCCUUUUGCUAUUAUGCUGUCCUCUACUGGUCUGUCCACAUAAUAGCAUCGGUAAAGUUACAGACAACCUGUGGAUCUUAAAGGAAUGAACUUUGAAAGGAUAUGGGGAAAUUGCAAACAAUAUUUUUAAUGUAAUUUUUAUUUUUACUAUAUUUAUAAAUGCAUUAAUGCACUCAAUCCAGCUCACCAUAAUUUCCACUGGAUUAAAUGCAGUUGAGGUAAUUUUGGCAUUAGAUGAUUGCGUAAAACUGGGGAAAAUUAUGAUUUUCAUUUCCAGUCAAUAUCAUCGUUUUACACUAUCAUUCAAAGUUAAAUAUAAAGUGACUGAUGCAACAGUCCAUUUGUGUUGCCUGUGAAAUGGGGGUCCAUUGUAGGUGGGGGAUAGAAUGUUCGCUCUUCACAGUUUGCUCUCCCUAUAUAAAUCAAAAUAAUACCUCUGUCAGUGUAAUAGGACAACUGCUGCUUUCCAUUAAAAGUUGAUGAAAAUGUUAAGGCAUUUAAUUUUUUUCAGUAUUUUCCGUUUGAUAGCCAAUUCACAAUAAUAAUGACUUAACAUUAACAGUAUUAUAUUAAGGUAUAUUUAAAAAACAUUUUUCAGAGAGUGAGACAAACCAUUUAUCAUUGUUUUAAAAUCCUGCACAAUGAACAUGUAUUCAGUUGAGGAUGGACCUCACCAGGUUACUUGCACUCACCAUUCUAGAUCUACGGAAAAGCCAACAGCAAUUAUUAGAACUUAGAUUUUGAAUUCAAUUUCAGGAGUGACACUUGUGUUGCCAAAUGAUUUACCUUAAAUAAAGUUGAAUGACACCCUUUUGACAGGCACAUUCAUCCAAUAUUCAGAUUUUUGUUCAUUCUCAACUUGGCUUUUUCCCUUUGCACUGGUCAGCUUGUCUUAUUUAGUUUUCUUAUGUCUUUGAGUGUAAAUGUUUGAAGCUAAAUAGCUAUAAUGUGCAUUAAUGGCAAAAUGGACAUUCUCUCUCAAGGCACCCAUAACUGGAGAUGUAUAUUAUUCAUGAGCUACAUUUGUUGCACACUCUGAGCUCUGGAAAUCUUCUUGAAGUUUGUGAUAUUUUUAAGUAUUUAGAGGACAUCGUUAUAUUUCAUAGGACCCUUGACAUUAUGGAACCUCGUGGAUUUCCUAUGACAGAUGAAACCUGUGAAACCUGUAUAGCAACUUGCAGGCUCUAGCUAUCCUGCAGAUGAUGUUGAGCUGCUGUCUACAUCAUGAGCCCAGAGAAAGUUAACCAUCAUAUUUUUCAGCUGACAGUCACACCUCAACUCUUUUCAUGUAACUAUGUUGAACAUGUGGUUUGAAGUUUGUGUUUUUUGCUUAAAUGGUGAGCAAAGCCUUUUUUUUUUUGUAGAAACUGUAUUCUGGUGCGAUAUGUUAACAUUACUUCUGAGCUGAACAGUAACUCUUCACCUACCUGAAAUGAGGCAGUGCACUACUAAGGACUGCCUCCAGGUGGAAGCCUCAUCAUUCUGUUGGUACUACCUGUGCUCUGAAUCUGAGGACUCUUCUGAAAUAAGAAACUACUCCAGUUUUUUAUUUGGGUUUAUUUUAAUCUAACUCAAUAUUCUGUUGAGAAGGAUGCCCUUUUAUUUGUCUAACACAUGGCAAAAUAGUAAUGUGUGCAAUUAAUUUAUACUUUGUUCAACAUUCUUUUGAUUUUUUUCAAUUCUGAUAUUCAGUAACCUUUUAAAUAUUUUAUCUGUUCUUGUAAAAUAUUUUAUAAAAAUCAGUAUUAACAAAUAAAUGGUGUCCAUUUCUUUUUAACACUUA